AUGGCCACAAGUCGGGCAUGGAGGUUAAAACGCUAUGGACGUUUGUUUCCAGGCCCUGCAGGGAAAACGCCCUGGAAGGUAUUUGAGGCAAAGGGCAACAAACCUGAAAUUUUCCUCACAAUUGUGGAAUCUGGAUACUUGCUGGUAAUGCAAGGACAGGAAAGCUUGGACACAAUCCCUUUGCACUGUGGAUCUGAUUCUCUCAAAGUACAACAAAAAUCUGAUAACCUGAUGUUUCGAUUUACUAUGAAGGGAGAAAGCCGCAUGAUGAGGAUGCAGUUUGAUGGAAGUAGCCAGGCAGAGGCAAUAAAGGAGUGUUCAAGUGCUGUGGAAAAACUGAUGGAGCACAUUCCUGUCACCACUCAGGAUGACGCCCCAUUGCCCCCUAAUCAGUCCCCUGCUGAGGUCUCCGCACCAGUGACACAGCAGACUUGGCAGGGGAAGGCUGAUGGAGUUGAGUCUGAGGUUGUCCAAGGAUCAUUGUCCAUCAGGCACCUUACCCAGCACUUCUUAGGAGAGACAGCUGUGACUCUGCCUCAAGUAUAUUGCCAUGGUUCUUUGGCACAAGGGGACUUGGAGCCCAUCCUGCAUGUUUGUCUGCUGGAUCCCAGCUUUCCUGCGUUUGUGGAGAAGAUGGAGGGGGAGCUGAGGAAACUGCUUGCAGAGUGAAGAAUCUCAACAAUAGCUGAAGGCAGAAAGGUUAAGUUAGUGCAACGUGUUUUUUCGUAUACGGUUUGCGUAGGCGGUGCCUUGUGGUGGUGGUUGAGUGUUUCUUACUGUGCUGCCAAAGUUGUUUGAAAUGUUACACAUUAGUUUUUAUGGUAUGUGGCCCAAAGAACAUGCUCUGAAUGGCAUUGGAUUUUGGUGGUUAAAGGAAGAACUUGCAAAAUAAAAUAAAAAAUAAAAAUCUGGAUUCAUUUUUUAGUUUUUUAUUCAGAAAAAAAAUAUUGGUCUCACUCAUAUGUUUGAUCGUGGCUAUAUACUCUGGUCCCUCAGUUUCCACCUUAAUGCAGGCCCGUUUCCACCGCGACACACAUGGAUACAUUGUAUUGAAAGAGGAGUCAUGCAGCUACAGCAGUGAAUUUUGCUAUGCCAGCUUCCAAGUGAUCCCACAAUAUUAAAGCUUCACUGAGUAAAACAAACUGCCCUCCAUAUAUCUAUUUAAGAAUACAUAUUGCAUAGG